AUGGCAGCAGGUCCGAUUCAAGAGCGCAACCAGGAUGCGACGAUAUAUGUUGGCGGCUUGGACGAGAAGGUGUCGGAAACCAUUCUUUGGGAACUGUUCGUUCAAGGAGGUCCCGUAGUUAGUGUUCACAUGCCGAAGGAUCGGAUAACGAACCAGCACCAGGGCUAUGGCUUUGUUGAGUUCAUGGGCGAAGAAGACGCGGAUUACGCCAUCAAGAUUAUGAACAUGAUCAAAUUGUAUGGAAAGCCGAUACGAGUAAACAAAGCUUCGGCACAUCAAAAGAACUUGGACAUCGGUGCCAAUAUAUUCAUCGGCAACUUGGACCCAGAAGUUGACGAAAAGCUGUUGUACGACACGUUCAGCGCUUUCGGGAUCAUUCUACAAGUACCGAAGAUCAUGCGAGAUCCUGACACUGGCAAUUCCAAAGGCUUUGCGUUCAUCAACUUCGCCAGUUUUGAGGCUAGCGAUGCGGCAAUCGAGGCGAUGAAUGGCCAGUAUCUGUGCAACCGUCCAAUCACUGCAUCCUAUGCGUUCAAAAAGGACGCCAAGGGCGAGCGGCAUGGCACCGCAGCAGAACGUUUGCUUGCUGCGCAGAAUCCAAUAUUCCCAGCUGAUCGUCCUCACCAGCUGUUCGCUGAUGCGCCGCCGCUUCCGCCAAUGCCGAUGUUCCCUCCUCCCCCACCACCCACGAGUAACAGUUUUUAUCGCCGUAUUUCAGUAAUAUCCGUACCGCCUCCGAUUCCACCACCACCACCGCCAAAUAUCACUCCGAUACCUGUUCCCCCACCUCCAAUGAUGCUUCCUCCUGGCCAACCACCUCAUAUGCCACCGCCGAAUAUACCACCACCAAGGCAUCCACCACCCAUGAAUCAGCCCCCACCUUUGCCACCAUCUCCCUGGAAUCCCGCCAACCCGCCGCCGUCGAUGCUCACUCAGACUCCACCGCCGCCUCCUCCUUCCGGUGUUAGGCCUCCACCUAUGCCCAUCAGCUUUCCGCCUCGACCUCCACCGCCUCAUGGAUUUCCUCCUCCACCGCCACCACCAGCUGGUGCAGGACCACCACCAUUUGGCAUGCCUCCACCACCAAGGCCUCCACCUCCCCUCUCAAUGUCGGUACCUCCUCCGAGGCCAUCGAUUCCACCUCCGCCUCCUCCGCAAUGA